UGACCUGAAACAAACACGUCACUCGCAGUUCAGAGUUGAAAGUCAAGGAAAGCAGAAGCAUGGCUGCUUUAGUGAAGUGCAGAGCGCUGCUUCUGCCUUUCCGAUCUCAAAUAAGCGUUAUCAGCGGCGUCUGCAGAUCGGACAGUGUUUUGCGCGCGUUUCUAACCAAGAGAGCGCCUCACUGUGUGCGACUGUCCAGCUCCGACGUUAAGUCUGGAGAUGACCUUAUCGUUAGAUACUUGGACGGUGAUGACUCAGGGAUUGUUGUUUUGGGGAUUAAUCGCCCGCAAUCUAAAAAUGCCAUCAGCAAAAACCUUGUUACAAUGAUGUCAGAAGCUCUCGAGUCAUUGAAGAAGGACAACAAAGUGCGUACUGUAGUUUUGUGCAGUAUGGUGCCUGGAAUAUUCUGCGCAGGCGCAGACUUAAAAGAAAGAGCGAAGAUGCAGCAGAGUGAAGUAGGACCAUUCGUUACUAAAGCAAGAACACUAAUAACAGAACUUGGUACUCUUCCCAUGCCGACGAUUGCAGCCAUUGAUGGGGCGGCUCUUGGAGGAGGUCUUGAAAUGGCUCUGGCCUGUGACAUCAGAGUGGCAGCCAGCUCUGCUAAGAUGGGACUAGUUGAGACUAAAUUAGCCAUCAUCCCAGGCGCUGGGGGAACGCAGCGUCUGCCACGAACUGUAGGAGUGUCUGUAGCUAAAGAGCUGAUAUUUGCGGCGCGGGUGCUGAGCGGGGAUGAAGCCAAGAGUCUUGGCCUGGUGAAUCACGCUGUGGAGCAGAAUAAGACUGGAGAUGCGGCGUAUCUGCGAGCUCUGGAUCUGGCUCGUGAAUUCAUCCCUCAGGGGCCAAUUGCAAUUCGAAUUAAAAAUAAACCAAACGGAGCUCUUGCACGUUUUUGGUUUGUUCCUACAGCUACAAGGAGAAAAGAAAGUGUGUUGUGUGCGCAUUUAGCGUCAUUUCAGACUUUCUCUAUCAGGUUAAUACAGGAAUUUGUGGUUCAUAUAAACAGUCUGCGAAUGUCAGCUGAUGACGCAAGACUGGUGAAUGAUGUUGUUGAUUUGUUCCAGGUGGAUUUGAAGACCGGAUUAGCUAUUGAAGAGGCAUGUUAUGCUCAGGUGAUCCCAACCAAAGACAGGCUGGAAGGUUUACAAGCGUUCAAAGAGAAACGUCCUCCUCGCUAUCAGGGCGAGUAACUGCGGCCUAAACAACCCAGUUACAAGCUGCUGCCUUCUGAAUCGUCUGCCACUGUUGGCGAGUCUCGUGAAGAGUGUUGCAUAUGUUUAGAGCGCUGAUGAUAGUAAAACCUGUGGGGAUUUGAGCUGAAAUGUUUGAAAGAUGAAAGCUAUUCCAACUUCUUUUUGCAUUGUAUGUCCUUUUGUUGUGAACUUUCUAACUAUUCCUUGUGUAAUGUAAAGAGUCUUUGACUGUUCAUUCUCAUCUGAUAAAAUAAAAUUGGGUGCAUUUCAAAUGAACACAAAACGGUAACUUUUACAAUGUACAUUACUCUAUUGACGACGUGUCCGCUCUGAGGAGCAUGUAACCCAUACUAAAUCUGGUUGGGUAGGUGCAUCAAAGCUGCUUUCACUUUAAACAUGUGCAUGUAAGCAUUCCAGUCAACAUCCACACAGAUUUUGCCCUAAGGGUAAUGUUUUUAGAAAAAAUGUUGUUAGGAAUAUUUGUAAUUUAUGCAAUAAAGCCUUAAGACGUAUA